GGGGGAGGGGGUGUCCCGUCUGCACGCGCAGACAGCAGACAGCAGCUGCAGCAAGAGGACCUCUGGUAACGUUCACUGCAUUGCUGAGAGUGACAUAUUACCAUUGAAACUUUUACCAUUUCUAGAAUAGCAUUGUAUUAACGACAGCUAAAAUGGUUGAUCGCGAGCAACUGGUGCAGAAAGCCAGGCUGGCCGAACAGGCUGAACGAUAUGAUGAUAUGGCAGCAGCCAUGAAAUCGGUGACAGAGUUGAAUGAGGCCUUGUCCAAUGAGGAGAGGAACCUGCUCUCUGUGGCCUAUAAGAAUGUGGUAGGGGCGCGGCGCUCGUCCUGGCGCGUCAUCUCCAGCAUCGAGCAGAAGACCUCGGCGGACGGCAACGAGAAGAAGAUGGAGAUGGUGCGCGCGUACCGCGAGAAGAUCGAGAAGGAGCUGGAGACCGUGUGUCGGGACGUGCUCAACCUCCUGGACAACUUCCUGAUCAAGAACUGCAACGAGACGCAGCACGAGAGCAAGGUGUUUUACCUGAAGAUGAAGGGCGACUACUACCGCUACCUGGCCGAGGUGGCCACGGGCGAGAAGAGGGUCGGCGUGGUGGAGUCCUCUGAGAAGUCCUACAGCGAGGCCCAUGAGAUCAGCAAGGAGCACAUGCAGCCCACCCACCCUAUCCGCCUGGGUCUGGCCCUCAACUACUCCGUGUUCUACUACGAGAUCCAAAAUGCACCUGAGCAGGCCUGCCACUUGGCCAAGACCGCCUUCGAUGACGCCAUCGCUGAGCUGGACACCCUGAACGAAGACUCCUAUAAAGACUCUACCCUCAUCAUGCAGCUGCUACGAGACAACUUGACACUCUGGACCAGCGACCAGCAGGAUGACGAGGGUGGUGAGACCAACAACUAGAGAGUCCCUAAAGAGACUCCCGUGUCCUGUUUCAGCCAAUACACACAACACCCCGCUCCCUCACAAAUCACAACAAAAUAUGAAACCAGUUCUUAGAAAUAAAUUAUUUGGCUGGUGGAACUUUGGCAGCCACUUUUGCCGUUGAUGAUACUACCGCAUCUGCAGUUCUUCAUUUGUACACAAAUUUAAAAAGUUAAGAAAAAAUUGAAAGAGGAGUAGGAAGGGAGAUGAUUUUAGUUUUUAGUAUCGUUAAAAAAUAAAUAGUUGAACCCCUUCCUUCUUGAUUACCUCUGCAACAUUUGCCAAACCACUUAAGAGGAAGAAGUUCUGUAUCUCAAACAUUCAGUCAGGAAGUAGAGUCUGACUAUUUGGUUAGAAAUGACACCCUCAUACUGGCAUAAAGACUGUUCUUAAGGCACUAAAUGAAAUGGAGCUUCUUAUUUAACUGAUGUGGUGAGGGAGGAGGAGCAUUCAAAAUCGUAAGGGGAGAUAAGAAGCUUGUGCAAAAAAAAAAAACUUGAAUGUCAUCGCCUCGCAAAAAGAAAGAGUUGCAAAUAGGUUCCAGAGAGGGAGAAAUAGGUAUCGUACCUCUAGCUAACCACUUCAGACUUACCAACAUGGAAUCUAAAAGGUGUGCAUCACCCUGUAAUGGUAAUCGUUGUGUGACAGCAGGUAUCCUCUGUGAUUAUUGAACAUACAUAACCAAUGUUUUGUUCCCACGAUGUCAGGAAUGUGUUUGUACUCAGUCACAGACUAUAUUACUGUAACUAAAGUAGCAAAUACACAGCCAGUGCAGCCCUCUAAUGCACUGAUAUGCUAUACAUACAUAAACAUUUUCAAGCACCUGGUUAUUAUUAUUAUUAUUAUUACUCUCCCCUUACCUAGGUUGGCAGGGGUGCCAUAUUAAUAGAAUAUGAAACUAUGCUAAAUACAAAGAAAAUCACUAAAACAACAACAACAAAACGUUUGUGCAGAGGAGAUCAUUUGAUAUUGUAAGACAACAGAAUAUUUUGUCCUAAAUUACGGUAUAUUCAUGUUUACAACAAUCUUGGAUCCAUGACACUGAGUUGACUGGAACCACAUACUCAGUGGACAAAAUACACAUUACCUGGGCUAUAUGGACACGCCUGGUGCCCAAAACUGAUGACGUAUGUCACACAGCUGUGAGUGGAGACGAAUGGAUUCGGUACUGACAGUCAGUCAGCCGUCCUGAUGAGCCCUUCCCAGCUAGCUAGUUUAUGCUGGCUAGCUGGCAACAACAGCAGCAUGGCACUAGUUAUAGUUAAAAGGAAGUGCUUUUUAUUUCCACGGACGAAAUAACUUGUAGAUUGGUCACCAUCCGGAUGUCACCGUGACAUGCCCAUUAGCGAACGUAACGACAAGCCGGUGUGAAUGACCAGUGCAACAGUGUUGUAUCGAGGUACUUCCCAGUUCCCACGGUUGCUUCCCACUGGGCAGCAGUUGCUUCACCAGGCAGCUCUAACACAUUUUCGCUGGCGGUAGCUAUUUGUUUCAUCCCACUUCAUUAUAUUUAGAGUAGGAUAGCAGCCUACACGAGAAAUAACUUGUAAUAUAGUAUAGUAACCAUCUGGAUGUCACCGUGAUACAGUCUACUGCUCAAUGGGGCACAGUGUGUCCUUCACCCCACUUGCUGACCACUGCUAUCCUGCUGUAAGGAGAAGAAAGUAGCUAGAUAGUUUAGCCAAUAUCAGGCCGGGUGACAACUAAAGCACAGUUAUUGUAAUGAUUUUAACCGAAACAAAUAUUUCCGUUAAAAACAGAAUGAUUCUGAACACUCCCAAGUCCCAGCUUUGGCAGACAAGUUAAAAGAUUCUGUCUGAAGUUUGUAGCCACAAGCAUAAACUAGCUAGCUGGGAAAAGCUCAUUAAGAUGCCUGACUGAAAUGACUGGACCGAAUCCGUUUGUUCCCACUCAACUGUCGCUGCGUGACAUUUUUGGGCACAAGGAAUGUGCAUAUAGUCUCUCCCAAUCUAAAAGCAUAUUUGAGGUUUGUGGAUUUUCUUUUUGUGUUAACUUUUUGAAUUGUCAAGAAAUGCACUUGCCUAUUAAACUGUUUCUUCAGUGUAAGACGAUAACUGCUCCAAUAUUCUCGAUAAUAUAAUAUUGUGCAUGCUGGUGAUGUAUUUAUAUACAGUAGCUUGACUUUAUUAUUAUUAACCUAUACUGUGGAUGUUACGUAUUCAUAUGAACAUGAAAUGACUAGACUUCAGUCUGAUUUAUUUUCUAUUUAUACUUUAUUUAUUGGAUUGUUGACAUUUUAUUUGAAUCUGUGUUUCCUUUACUCCAUUUGCUGAAAGUACGCUAUGCCAAAACAAUGAUUGUUAACAAUAAAUUGAUCUGUAAUGGACAUUGCUAUAGUGACAUGCAAUUCUUGUAUUUGUGCUUUUGCAUAACAAAAGGCGGAGGAUCCCAAAUAAUUAUAAUAAAAGCAGAGGAAAAAAAACACCAGUGUUCAGCUCAACCUUUGACCUUACCGUCUGGAGGUUUUGUCAUAGUGACAUAUCGUGUAGAUGUAGAAUGAUCACACUGUAAAAUAGUUCAUUUAUUUGAGUCACCUUUCUGUGCUUUUAAUGUCACAUGAUGCUGUGAGAUAGUCAAGAUUGAACCGUGUUUGAUUUUAUACGUAGGAAUACUCAUGAAACAUUAUUGUAGUUUUUUUUUUAGACCAUUUUUACUUUCAUCUGUCUUCUGCUAUCUUAAAUGUGAAUAAUGUAGCGGUUGCACAAGAGAAAAUAAUAACAACAAUAAUAACAAUGAUAAUAACAACUUCAUUCAAAUAUUACAAAGCUCUUCUAUCCACAUUUCAGUGCUGCUGUUGUUGAAUUCCUAUCGUCAUAUACAGCAGUAGGUGUUUGGCCUUUUCAGAUGACUUUCUGAUGCUGUUUUGCUUUGUGUUUUUACAAUGUUACUUCUUCUUGAUGAAUCCAAAGGGGCUCCUUAGAUUCCCAUUUUUGUCAUGGCAAUAUAAUGGAUACUGUUUUAGUACAACGAGGCAGAUGUAGUACUGUUAUAGCUGUUGUUCACUACAGGUAGGUUAGGAAGGAAGGAAGAUAUACAGAUGGAUAGAUAUAGUUAUACAUUGAUUGUACACUAAAUAUAGUUACAUGUGCAUUUUAUAUAGUAUAUAAUGAGAUAUUUAUCAUAUAUUGUGAACACCUCUGUUGCAUCUGUUGUCAAUGCAGUUGUACAGUUGUUCAUGGAUGGCUAGAUACUGUAGGUAGGUAGGUAGGUAGGGUUCUUUGGCUGUCCCCAUAGGAUAAACCUUUUUGGUUCCCGGUAGAACCCCUUUCAGUUCCAUGUAGAACCCUCUGUGGAAAGGGUUGAACAUAUAACUCAAAAAGGGUUCUACCUGGAACGUAAAGGGUUCUUCAAAGAGUUCUCCUAUGGGGACAGCCAAAUAACCCUUUUAGGUUCUAGAUAGCACCUUUUUCUAAGUGUAGGUAGGUAGGUUUUAGAUAGAUAGAUAGAUAGAUAGAUAGAUAGAUAGAUAGAUAGAUAGAUAGAUAGAUAGAUAUUGUAAUUAGGUACAUAGCUAGGUCGCUAGAUAUAUAUUUUUAUAGUUUGGUGUUAACAAAUUAUAACAUAUACAUUUUGGAUAAGAAACAGCAAGCCACUGAGUUGCUCUACUGGAGAAAAUCUGCAGUAACUUAACUAAGAUUGUGUUGUAGUGUACUGUCAUGUUGAAAAGCAGCAUUUGGUCCAGGCUUCCUCCAGUGCCACCCAAUGCUAUCUCUCAGAUUGUUCAGGGCCUCUUAACUAAAUGCUGCAUCUAAUCUAGCAUCUGGCACCAACAGUUCUCAACUGAAGUUUGAAAGCUGGUUACUCGCUUAUCCAACCACACAAUGCCGGUUUAAUGUAACAUCUGCCUAUGUCACAUCCUGAAAGCCAAACAGCUGGUUGUCCUCAGUGUGACAUCAUCAAACUGUGACCUGUUCAGCUGACCUGGAAACACAGUGAUGGUUAUGGUUGUUUGCCCUGCUAAGACAGUGAAGUGUAAAUGUAUUUAUUUGUUUGUUUGCCUAGUUCUAUUUUUUUGCCUAUUCUCCAUAUACACCUAUUUUGUCACGGUGACAUUACGGAUGAACAUAGAUGAACAAAUAAAUCUUGAUAGAAAGAACUAUGACAGAUGCUGCAGGUUUCCCAUCACAAUUGAUGAAUACAUUUAUAAUGCAAUCGGCAAACAGUAUUAGAUGUGAAUGUGACAUGAAUUUAAACAUGAAUUCACAUUCAUUUAGAUAUGAAUGUGAUUUUAAAAUCUUAUUCCAAAAGUAUGACUCUUCUGUACCAUAAUAUUAUGAUCGCCCCUGACCUGGCUGAAGGUUAAGAUGCCACAUAUGACUGAAACCCAAUGUUUUCUCGUCCAACAAAUGCAACACUGGUAUGUAUCAAUAAAACUGUUGGUUCAUAGAAAAUA